UUUUUUUAUUCUACAUAACGGAAAGCGCUCGGUUCAGUCCGCUGUUUCUUCGGCGGUUUUUUUUGGUCGAGAAUCCGCCACAAUGUCCGGAGCAGCCAACGUAAACGCCAUGAAGAAAGUCGUGCAGCAGCUGCGCUUCGAGGCGAACAUCAACAGGGUGAAGGUGUCUCAGGCGGCGGCGGAGCUCCAGCAGUUCUGCAUGCAGAACGCUCCCCAGGAUCCGCUGCUCACCGGCGUGUCCUCCAGCACCAACCCAUUUAGGACGCAAAAGCUCUGCUCUUUUGUCUGACGCUUCCUGUCGACUGGUCUCAUUUCCUGUGGUGUUUUCUGAUUCCAAGAAUCCGAUUCUGCCGUAACCUACAAAAUAAAACAGCCAACUGCCCUGUAAACGUGUUCUCAUACACACGCAGGGCAUCAAAUCGCUCAAAUAAGUUCCCUCACACUGGAUGUUCCACGUUUUUGGAGCACAAACUCUGAACCCCACAUUACUAUUAAAACGGUGUAAAAUGUGGUUUUUUUUUUUUUGUUUGUUGUUGUUUUAAACUCGUGACCACUGAUUGUGUCAUACGUGAUCGUAUGUGGAUCACAAACCAAUAAAAUUCCCUCAAAGUCUCACAGCCACAGUCAAAAGACUUUUCUAUUUCUUGUGGCAGAGCAGCAGCUGUUCUAAUUUAUUGUGCCUUUGUUUUUUAAACCGUGUGCUCAUUUUCUAUGCCUUUGCCUUCAGCCUUUUUUUGUACUGAAUAAACCAGUGAUUUAUACACAA